AUGUUCAGGAUUAAGGCUUUUCACUUGAUUUUCCUUUUCACUUCCUUUCUCUUCUAUCAAUUAGCCAAUACCAAGGUAAUCGGAGUUGCCCCAGCCCACCAGCACCUAUAUGAGCCAGAUACUGGAAAUAAAUGGCAUUGUUUGUCAAACUCUGAAAUAAUGCUUGAUUUCGAUCAGAUUAAUGACAACUACUGUGACUGUCCAGAUGGUAGCGAUGAACCCGGAACUUCGGCUUGUUCCAAUGGUAAAUUUUAUUGUCAAAAUGUUGGUUUUAAACCUUCUUAUAUCCCAUCCUUCAUGGUUAAUGAUGGCACCUGUGAUUACUUGAAUUGUUGUGAUGGUUCCGAUGAAUACUUUUCGAAUAUCAAUUGUCCAAAUAGAUGCAAUGAAUUGAAUGAAAAAUAUCAAUCUUACUUUAAUCAAAUUAUUAAAUUUAAUGACAAGGGUCUUAGCUUAAAAGAAAUUUACCAAAAAACUUCUUUAAAUUUGAAAAAUGAGAUUAUAUCUAAAUUAAGUCAAGACGAAGCUAAAUUUAAUAGAUUAAAUAACCAAUUAAUUCAUUUGACAAAUGAAUUCAAAAAAAUCGAAGAAAAUGCCAACAAAAACAAUGAAAAUUCUCUAUUUAUCAAUGACCUCAAUGGUUUAAAUGAAAAAGUUUUCAACCCUAUUAUACUCAAUUUUUUGCAACUAGUUGGUACUUAUAACGAUAAUUUCCAUUUAUCAUACUCUAACUUUUUUAAAUUAGAAAAUAUUUUAAAUAAUUUAUCAAAAAAUUUUGAUUUAUCCAUUAAUGAUUUAGCUGUUAAAAAUUCAAUUGAUUCUUUUAAAGAAUUUAAAAAUAAUCUUAACAUUAUUAAUCAUAUCAACAAUAGUGAUUUAAGUAAUUUGAAAACUAGUUUGGCAAACACUUUGAAUUUGAAAAAUCUUACCGAUCAAAUUUUAGGUGCCUCAAAUAAUAAUAAAUUGGAUGUAGUUUCAAAAAUAAAACAUUCUUUUAAUUUAAAUUAUCAUGAAUUUAUUAAUAAUCCAGAAUUAGCUGAAAUAAAAAGUAAAAUUGACAAUCUAAAAACAGAGGUUGAGAAUAUUCAAAAAGAAAUUGAUGAGGUAUAUAAUAAGGAAAUCAUAAAUAGUGAUAAGAAGUAUGGUCCAAACAAUAUUUUAAGGUCGUUAAGUGAUGAAUGUAUUUCAGAAACUUUUGGUGAUUAUAUCUAUGAAUUUUGUUUUACUGGAGAAAUUUAUCAAAAACCAGUGAAUGGAAAGAGUAGUAAUACAAGAAUUGGGAAGUAUAAUUACGAUUAUGAAAUAAUAGAAGAAAAUGACGAAUCAAACGUUUUUGGUUCAAUAAAAUUAACAUUUGAAAAUGGUGCAAAGUGUUGGAAUGGGCCAAUUAGGAAGGGUGUUGCUACUAUUAAAUGUGGAAUUGAAAACAAAAUUCUACAAGUAUCAGAGCCUCAAGUGUGUGAAUAUCAUUUUGAUAUAUCCAGUCCAAUUGCAUGUUUUAAAAACGAUGACAAUAUUAGCGCUGCUAAUGAGAAAACUAAUGAGAAAACAAAAUAUUUUUUUCAUGAAGAACUUUAAUUCCUAAGUACAUUAAUUCC